GGCUUCUCCCCUUUCAAAAGCUGACCAAACGAUAACGACAUCGUAUGCAUACCUGGGCAUUAUCAACGUCGAGAACUUCGAAAAGUCGUGAAUAGCGAAAGACGUGCCAUUGGGCUCCCAAGAUACCGUCUCUUCAAACGGUCCACCAACGUUGUUUGUGUCUGAGCAUGCCUGACCUAGCAUUUUAUACAACUGAAGUGGAAAUGAUACGUUCUUGUCGUCAUCCUCACCCUGGGGAGAAACACCACGGACCAUGCUGUUUCGUAGCUUCCACGGCAUGGGUGCAGAGCUACUGGGUUCCAAUAGAGGUAGCUCCAGAGAGUGAAUUGUCAGGGGGCAGGGCAUGUUAGCAAUCAUGGUGGGGAUUUGGGAUUUGAUGAGAAGAAGCAGCUCGAGCUUAUCCAUGCGAUUAGCGACGCUUAGUUUGAAAUGUGGGAGCCGGUGUUUCUUGGUGGUUCACAAGCUGAAAGAGAGAGCGUACUACCAGUAGCUUUCGACGGCCGGAAGAAAAAGAUUCAUUCGCAAGAUCGGCAGAUCGGCUGCUCCACUUCUUCCAAAAAUGACUGCGAAGUUAGCAUUAUUUUACUAAACAAAAAAGAACUUAUGGAGAAUUCUGGCAACUGAGUUACCCUUUCAGUCAUUUUUCUGUAAUUGGGAUAUAUGACCUGCCAUCUGAGAAAUGUCUUCAAAGGCAAGCAUGGGUUAGAAUAGAUUGGCUGAUGCGUGGUUGAAUUGCCUUUUCAGCCAUUCAGGGUUCUUUCGGUCGAAUUAUUUGGUUCUUGGGGCAAAGUGCCGAAGGAGAAAGGAUGGUCAUUCCAAAAAAUCCAAAAAUCAUCCUGUCCUCCAUCCCAUAAGCUGUCCCAUGUUACCAUGUUACUAGGUACCAUACUCAGAAACUUUUACACGUGUAGUCUAGCUCCACUUACCGGGAGGUUUGGAGGUUCACGGGGUGGAGCAGCUUGGAAGAGCAGCUGGAAGGUGCGGAAUGCGGUGACAGGUUAGAGCUGUUGAAGAUAUCUACAGGGGUGGUACCUGUAGCGGUAUGCAUAGAUCUAGCUAGCUAUGUAGCUAGAGCCUAGCUAGCACGGAAGGACUGAACAAGUAAGUGUUUGAGUCAAGUCGAGUCUCCGUGGAGACGUUUGAAUCAAUCAUUCGAUUGAAGAUUCGAUAGAAAUUCAUUCCACAAGGCCCACGGUAAUUGAAUGCCAUUGAAGGACGAAAGAGAAAGGUCUCAAAUUUUCUGGUCAGUCUUUGAGCAAGCAGUCUUGCUGGCCUCAAAACUUUGCUCUUUUGUGUCUUCAAGGUUGGGGCUAUUAUUGUCUUGGCCUUACUGGCUUGCAAACAGAGCUCUUUUUGUGUCUGGAAAUGCGAUUAGGGUUGGCGUUUUCGAGGUCGACUCGCUUGCACCAAAGCGACCCUCGCAGAAACCGCUUUGGCGACGAGGUCGAGAGCGACGGACUGCAUUCUGUUGGUUGGUUGCUUCUUGUUUGUUGAGGCAAUCUCCGUUGUGUGCGAUCGCAGGAAACAAGCAAGGAGGCGUUGAUUGAUUGAAAUAGUGAGAGGGACAGUGGCUUGUUUUGUUGUUGAGCAACGAACGAGAAAGAAGACGACGUUGACCCAAGUUGUUGUCUUGGCCGUGACAGUCAGUAAUCCACAACCAUGGGUCAGACAGCAUCGCGUGAAAAGUUCCGAGAGUCCGUCAAGGCGUUGAUCGAACUGGAUGUGUCUAGCGAUGAUGCGGAAUUCUGGGACGAGCUGUGGAAAAUUCCAUCGUCGGCUCAAGAGGUCUUUGAAUUGAUUCCUCCCGAAGCAGCGCGGCGACUGAGAGAUGAUCGGUUUGAGAAUUUAGCCACCUUAUUCACACAGGCAACUGCACAGCUGUGUCAGAUUGUAGAGACGCCCUACAACAUCUACUUUGAUCAAGCGUUGAAUUGCGUCCGUGUCUUGACUAGAAUUCUGCCCUUUUUGCUGGAAAAAGGUGAUUUGGGUGAUGCGGACGAAUUUGUGGAGCAGCUAUGCUGGGGAACAGGUGCCUCGCCAAUCCCAGGAGAUGAAAAGAUUGGCUUGAUGGUCGGAGGAGCCAAGGAGGAUGAAAUGUCCACACAGUCAGCUGCCAAAGACAAGGCCAACAAACCUGAAGAUGAACAAGAGCCGUUGGCGCUGUUGGUCGUUCACGCAGCAAUGCACAUGCUGUUUUUACCUCAAUUCACCUGCGAUUUCUACGAAGAUGCCGACAAGGGAGGCAAACGAGGCAAUAACCGCCGCGAACACAACACCAAGGAGGACCGGGAGAUGAGAGCAGAAGCUGGGUUGAGGGAAAAGAAGGUCGAGUGGGGAGUCCCGAUUCUGCCUCGACCAACUAGCAUUUGCUGGUCGCCCGGUGCAGGGGUCAGUGCAUCUGAACUUGGCUUUGAUGCUGCUACGCGAAAGUACGACAAAAACCGCAUUGAAGUGCUGCGAUUGAUGCUAGCAGCAUGCUGCGAUCCCCUCUUCUCGCCAGCCGAUGAAUACAAUCCACUUGCCAGUCGAUGGCUGGCGGUCGCCACCGCUGCGGAUGCUCCCAACGCAAUCUGCCUUUUCUACAGUUUGCUCAACACAAUUCUAUCCUACGACCCACGAGGCGUUGCAACGAUGUCUGGCUUUUCGGAAGGCCACCACGUCAAACUGGUAGAGCUAUCAGUCCAAGUGCUGUGCGUACUCUUGGACUGCGGAUUGCCUGGCAGCCCCGAGCCAGUUCUGGAUCACAAUGCCGUUCCUGUCGUAGAAUUCGACAUGGCUAGCAAAGGGGGAUUCAACAUUAUGCGAACGCUUUUGGCACGCAUGAACUCAUCGAAGGAACUCACAUUUGUCUUUGACGGAUUUGCGCGCCUUUUGCGAAACGUCUACGAAAGUGAGAACAACUAUCUGCCGCAUGCGGCUCCUGACUUGGAAUGUUUCCAAGAGCUGCUGGUGUUGCUGUGGAAAUUCUUGGAGGAGAAUCCAUUGUUCAUGAAUCACGUACUGACAAAGUGCAACGUGAACAAGCUCAUUGUCCCCAUUUGCUUCCUCAUGUACAAGAGUCGCAGAGAUCCUGCGCAGAUUGGAUUGGUGCACAUUUGCACGUUCGUGUUGCUCAAACUCAGCGGAGAGCGCAGCUUUGGCGUUUCGCUCAACAAACCGUUCCAACAGAAACUUCCAACCGAUCUCCCACUGUUCUCCGGUUGUCAUGCCGACUUGUUGACCAUCACCCUUCACAAACUCAUUGUCAACGGUGCAUACAAGUUGGUACCACUUUAUUCCUGUUUCUUGACAAUCAUGUGCAACGUCAGUCCGUACUGGCGUAGCAUGAGUCUCGUGGCGGCUGUCAAGCUUGUCAAUCUGUUCGAGCUGUUCAGCAGCCCCAAAUUUUUGUACAGCGGUGAAUACGCCCAUCGACACUUGGCAUUGCUGUUGGAAGUCUUCAACAACAUCUUGCAAUACCAGUACCACGGCAACGCCCACUUGGUGUACGCCAUUGUCCGACGAAAGGAUUCAUUCGGCAACCUUGCGUCACUCACAUUGCAAAAGGCGCAAUCGCAAUGCCACAAGAUCUACGGAGACCACACAACAGUUGCUGGCAACCGCGACAAGAUGACAUUGAGCCAAAAGGGCAUCCCGAAUAUUGACGGUGGCGAAACCACAAGCGCACACAGCAGUGUUACCGGAACACCAUUCCAGCCCACAGAAGCUUGGCUGACCGAACUCAAGGAGAGUCUUCCAAUGGAAACUGUAACGCGCCUCUUGCAGCAUCUUGUCCCAGUUGUGGACGAGAUUGUGUUGAAGAAGCAAGGCGUCGUUGACGAGGCUGAGAUUCUGGCCGUUCUCAAUGAAAUCACAAUGGUAGGGUUGCUGCCAGUUCCCCACGCCAUUGUCAUUCGCAAAUAUCAACCGAACCAAUACACAGCUCUUUGGUUUACUGCGUUCAUGUGGGGUGUCAUCUUUCUGCGGAACCAGAAUCUUCCGCUGUUCGAUGGCGGCUGCAUCGAACUGUUCCAAGUAUCAGUACAGGAAGAUGACGAUUAGACCAACCAACUGUGUUUUUCGGUUCCGCGCUCCCGUUUGAGUUGCAGAGCGGAACAUGCUUCCAUAGAUUGUAAAUGUCCCGUGCAGGCACAGUAAAAAGCGUCGUCAGUGUACGAAAGAAUCAUCCUCAGCCUACUAACUACUACGUAAACGAAUAUUAUAAUAAACCACACGUUUCUUUCCUCGCUC